AUGGUGAAGCAGAAUAGAAACUGGGGAAUAAAGAGGCUGCGGCUCCCCUGCUCGGGCUGUCACAGUGAGACUCCGGCACACCGGCAAAGCAAGCGGGUGCAUUUUUAUAGUCUAAACAACUGUAGGAAUCUCAAUGACCUACUGCACUGCCCUGGCCGCUGUUCAGCUCCCCAGGCCCUCCUGCGAGCUCUUUCAAGGGAACAAGACCCGGAGGCCAGGAGACUGUGGAUCGGCUCCGGCGGAGGCUUAUUUGCAUAUUUUUCUCUCUGCAGUCUCCCUGGUAGGGUUCAGAAGAAGCAUGCUUGGGCCCAGGGCAGAGAAAAGCGAUUACACAGCAGAAGAGGGUUUAGUGAUCAGAAGUAUUUAAGAGGGGGUGGACUGGAGUCCCUGCUGCUUCUGUGGCUGCUGGUGGUGUCAGGGUAUUGAACCGAAACUGUCCGUUUCUACACCUGUGAGGAAGAAGCCCCCAGCACCUUCAUUAGUGUUCUGUGUGACCAUGUCCUGUUUAAUUCCCAGCGCUAGGUACCGAGCCGGUUCCGCCUGAUUAACAGCUCGCUGAGCUAGGGCAACAGGAUGAUCAUCGGGGACGCGGGCCUGGACCGAGAGCGGCUGUGCGGCCAGGCCCCUCAGUGCGUGCUGGCCUUCGACGUGGUUAGCUUCUUCCAGGAGCAGUUCCGGCUGGUGUACGUGGAGGUGUCGGUGAGGGACAUCAACGACCAUGCGCCGCGCUUCCCCAGGGCCCAGAUUCCCGUGGAGGUGUCCGAGGGCGCGGCGGUGGGCACGCGUAUCCCCCUGGAGGUGCCCGUGGACGAGGACGUGGGCGCCAACGGGCUGCAAAGCGUGCGCCUAGCCGAGCCCCACAGCCCCUUCCGCGUGGAGCUGCAGACGCGCGCGGACGGUGCCCAGUGCGCCGACUUGGUGCUGCUGCAGGAGCUGGACCGCGAGAGCCAGGCCACCUACAGCCUGGGGCUGGUGGCCCAGGACGGCGGCCGACCGCCGCGCUCCGCCACGGCCGCCCUCAGCGUGCGAGUGCUGGACGCCAACGACCACAGCCCGGCCUUCCCGCAGGGCGCCGUGGCCGAGGUGGAGCUGGCUGAGGACGCGCCAGUGGGCUCGCUCCUGCUAGACCUGGACGCGGCGGACCCCGACGAGGGCCCCAACGGCGACGUGGUGUUCGCCUUCGGGGCCCGCACCCCGCCCGAGGCGCGCCGCCUCUUCCGCCUGGACCCGCGCUCCGGCCGCCUCACCCUGGCGGGGCCCGUGGACUACGAGCGCCAGGACACUUACGAACUGGACGUGCGGGCGCAGGACCGCGGCCCCGGGCCCCGCGCCGCCACCUGCAAGGUCAUCGUGCGCCUCCGCGACGUCAAUGACAACGCUCCGGACAUCUCCAUCACCCCACUGGCCGCCCCGGGCGCGCCUGCUGCCUCGCCCUUCCCCGCCGCCGCCGCCGCUCUUGGUGGGGCGGAGGCCACCUCGUCGACCCGGCCUGGGACGCCAGAGGCGGGCGCCGUCUCGCUGGUGCCGGAGGGGGCGGCGCGCGAGAGCCUGGUGGCGCUGGUCAGCACCUCGGACAGGGACUCGGGCGCCAACGGGCAGGUGCGCUGCGCCCUCUACGGGCACGAGCACUUCCGGCUGCAGCCGGCCUACGCGGGCAGCUACCUGGUGGUGACCGCCGCGUCCCUGGACCGCGAGCGCAUCUCCGAGUACAACCUGACGCUGGUGGCCGAGGACCGCGGCGCGCCCCCGCUGCGCACAGUGCGGCCCUACACGGUGCGCGUGGGCGACGAGAACGACAACGCGCCGCUCUUCACGCGGCCGCUCUACGAGGUGUCAGUGCGCGAGAACAACCCGCCCGGGGCCUACUUGGCCACGGUGGCCGCCAGGGACCGCAACGGCCAGAUCACCCACCGGCUGCUGCAGGCCGAGGUGGGCCGGGCUGGGGGCGCCGUGGCCACCUACGUCUCGGGGGACCCUGUCACGGGGCGGCUGCGUGCACAACGGAGUUUUAACCUCGAGGAACUGGCCAGGCUGCAGCUAGGGCUGGAGGCAUUGGACGGCGGCUCGCCGACACUGCGAGGCCAGGCCACGGCGGGGCUGCAGAUGCAGGGCCAGGACGAGCGCGCGCCCCGGCUGGUGACCCCGCGGCUCGUCGAUGGCUCAGCCCUGCUGCCUCUGCCCUGGGACGCGUCCCUGGGCUCCCUGGCGACCCGACAGCAGGCCAGGGACGCGGACAAAGGCCUUGACGCGCAGCUGACUCACCUCCGGCUCCGCGGCGACGGCAGCCCCGGGGGAGCUAUCGCUGCAGCGUCGGCGGUCCCCGCAGCCCGCCGGCCCGCUGACGGCGGUCGUCGCGGCGCUGGACGAAGGCCGGCUGGCCCUGCGACGCUCGGGCGCGGUGCUCCCGGCACCCGCGCUUCCUGCACCACCUGGCGGACAAAUGGUGCUGGUGCCAUUGCCGGCGCCGCCGCCGAACUGGGAAGGGGCGCGCAGAGCGGCUCCUUGAGCUCUCCGUGGCCGUGGUCGGGUUUUCGGCCAGCCCCUGCGGCCUUCUCCUGGUGGCCGUGGUCACCGUGA